AUGAUGUUGCCGCUGGCGCUGCCGCUGCUGUCACACGACGCCAACAUGAAGCCCCUCUUCCCGCAGCCGCUGGUGAUGACGACCACGAGAGGGGAACCUGCUGGGAUUACGAGCACAGGGAAUGGCACGGAUCGGCUAACGCUACACAUCCCGCACAACCCGAAGAAGCUCUGCAUGAUGCUGCACGCGAUGUUCUGCCGCCUGAAAUGGCCGCCGCUGCUCAUGAGGCCUCUGAGGCCACCCGCCAAUGUAGCAUUGAGCCUUCCGUCUGGUGCUCCUGGCAACGCCGGGUUGAAUUCGUAUGUUUCCCACUUCGAGUGCAUGCUGCAGCUCCUCGUUUUCCAUGUGGCUUUCCUCGUGUUCAUGGGGCUGUGCUUCUUGGUUGGUGGGCUGCUGGGCGUGCAGGUGCACGGUGCGAUCAUGAUGUCGGUAUUUUUGUUCAAGGUGGAUGCCGACUUCGUCAUUGGCGCCGACGGCAGGGAGUCCGUCGUGAGGAACGCCAUGCUACGGGCAGGAGCGGCCGCGCAUUGGACCGAGCUCAGGGACAGGUGCCCGGUCCUGUUCAAGAUGCUGCCGCUCGGGAUGCCCGCCGACGCGAGGAGCGGGCGCGCGCGGACUCCCGCGGGCGGGCGCCAGGCCUCGUAUUCCUUGUCGUCCAGUCUGCUUGCGGAGCAGGGCGAGAGCCAGCCGCUGCUGGGCAGCCCGCACGACGCGCACGGCCGCUCGCACGGCUCGGGGUGCACCUCGCACGCCCACCAGCCGGGCAUGUGCCACGGCUUCGAGGCCCGGCCCAUAGGCAAGUGGAAGGUCGUCCACAACGACGGGGACCUCAUCCUCGGGAGCUCCGAGGAGCGCAAGAGGAGGGCUUUCAUGGUCUUGGGCGCCUCCACCGCCGUGUCGCUCGUGGUGACGGUAGCGGAGCUGCUUCUGGGCUUCAUGGUGGGCUCACUGGCGCUCUACAGCGACGGCGCCCACCAGCUGUCCGACGUGUUUUUCUAUGCCGGCUUGCUGGGUGCGCGUACUGUCGGAGUACAAGGGGGACUCCGCGGAUUAUUCGUUCGGCUACCACCGCGCGCAAGUGCUGGGUGCUCUCGUGGCCUUGCUGCUGCAGUACUUCAUCACCGCCCUGGUGGUCUCCGAGGCGAUCAGGA